UUGAGUCAUGUCAGCAAAUUUCACCUUCCAACUGUAAAGGAGCAAAACGGAGUGCAAGAUUCCGUUCAUGAAAAAGUUAUAAGUGUGUCUGGAGAAGGAAUGCUGCACAGCCCCGACUUCCCUCACACCUAUCCCAGGAAUAGCAUGUUAGUCUGGAGACUAGUGGCCGCCACCAACAUGAGGAUCCAGCUCACAUUUGAUGAGAGAUUUGGACUGGAGGACCCUGAAGAUGGAAUAUGCAAGUACGACUUUGUGGAAAUAGAGGAUCCAAACGAAAAGACACUCCUGGGUCGCUGGUGUGGGUCACAGUCAGCACCAGCAGGUCACACCUCCAAAGGAAAUCAGGUCAUCGUUCGCUUCACUUCUGAUGAGUAUUUCCCCUCAGAGCCGGGAUUCUGCAUCCACUACUCCCUCCUGCCUGAGAUCAUAUCAGAGCAUGAGACUCCGGCAGUUUCUUCUCCAUCGCUGCAAGGCAUUGAGGAGCUAUCAGAGGCUGUCGCAGGUCUCGGCACCGUGGAGGAGGUCAUGAAGUAUUUGGAACCCGAACGAUGGCAGCUGGACAUGGAGGAGUUGUACAAACCUACCUGGCAUGUGCUCGGAAAAUCAUUCAUCCACAACAAGAAGGCCAGAGGAGGAGCUGAUCUGAACCAGCUGAGGGAGGAAGUUCGACUCUACAGCUGCACGCCACGCAACUACUCAGUGUCGUUACGCGAGGAGCUCCGGAGGACGGACGCCAUUUUCUGGCCAAGCUGCGUCCUCGUAAAGCGCUGCGGCGGCAACUGUGCCUGCUGCUCCAACCGCUGCUACGACUGCCAGUGCCUUCCCGCCAGGGUCACAAAGAAGUACCACGAGGUUCUACUGUUGAAACAUCGAAGUGGCGGGAGGGGUCUGCAGAAGACCAUGACUGAUGUGCCCUUGGAGCACCAUGAAGAGUGCGCCUGUGUGUGCAAAGAUGACUCGGAUUGA